AUGGUUCAAUCCUCCAUUCUCGGCUUCCCCCGUAUGGGUCGCCUCAGAGAGCUGAAGAAGGCUACUGAGGCUUACUGGGGCGGCAAGAUCUCUCGCGAUGAGCUUCUCAGCGAGGGUAAGAGACUCCGUCUGGAGCACUGGCAGAUCCAGCAGAAGGCUGGCGUCGACCUCAUCCCCAGCAACGACUUUGCCUUCUACGACCAGGUCCUGGACCACAUCCAGCUGUUCGGAGCUAUCCCAGAGAGAUACUCCAAGUAUGGCCUGCACCCGGUUGACGAGUACUUCGCCAUGGGCCGUGGCCACCAGACGCCCGCCAAGGACAACGAGCCAGCUGUCGAUGUCCCCAGUCUUGAGAUGGUGAAAUGGUUCGACUCAAACUACCACUAUGUCAAGCCAACCCUGCAGAACAGCCAGGAGUUCAAGCUGUCUGCCAACCCCAAGCCAGUUGUCGAGUUCAAGGAGGCCAAGGAGGCCGGCAUUGUCACCCGCCCAGUCCUUCUCGGACCCGUCUCUUUCCUUGCUCUCGCCAAGGCUGACCGUGGUCAGACCGUUGACCCAAUCUCUCUCAUCGAGAAGCUCGUCCCUCUCUACGUCGACCUUUUGGCCCAGCUCAAGGAAGCUGGUGCUGACUCCGUCCAGAUCGAUGAGCCGGUCUUGGUCUUUGACCUCAAGGAUGCCGUCAAGGCUGCCUUCAAGCCUACCUACGAGAAGCUCGGUGCUCUCGGAGACAAGGCCCCCAAGCUCGUCUUCACCACCUACUUCGGCGACAUCGUCCACAACAUUGACGUUCUCGCCCACCUCCAGAAUCUCCACGCCAUCCACAUUGACCUUGUCCGCAACCCUGAGCAGCUCGAAACCGUCAUCGGUGCUCUUGGACCCAAGCAGGUCCUCUCCGCCGGUGUCGUCGACGGCCGAAACAUCUGGAAGACCAACUUCCACAGGGCCAUUGAGAUUGUUGAGCUCGCCAUCCAGAAGCUUGGAAAGGAGCGUGUGAUCGUUGCCACUUCAAGCUCUCUCCUCCACACCCCCCACACUCUCGAGAGCGAGAAGAACCUCGAUCCCGAGGUCCAUGACUGGUUCAGCUUCGCUGUCGAGAAGGCCAGCGAACUGGUUGUCAUCGCAAAGGCUGUUACUGAUGGCCCAGCUUCCGUCCGUGAAGCUCUCGAGGCCAAUGCCAAGUCUAUCCAGGCUCGUGCCUCCUCCAAGCACACUAACGACCCCAAGGUCAAGGAGAGACAGAACGCUGUCACCCCAGACAUGCACAAGCGCAAGUCUGAGUUCCCUGCCCGUAUUGCCGUCCAGCAGAAGGAACUUAACCUCCCCAUGUUCCCAACCACCACCAUUGGUUCUUUCCCCCAGACCUCUGAAAUCCGCGUUCAGCGAAACAAGUUCACCAAGGGUGAGAUCUCUGCCCAGGAGUACGAGAAGUUCAUCGAGAAAGAGAUCCGAGAUGUCGUCAAGAUCCAGGAGGAGCUCGACUUGGACGUCUUCGUCCACGGUGAGCCAGAGCGUAACGACAUGGUCCAGUACUUUGGUGAGCGUUUGACCGGUUACGUCUUCACCACCCACGCUUGGGUCCAGAGUUACGGCUCCCGAUGCGUCCGCCCGCCAAUCAUCGUUGGUGACAUCUCUCGCCCAGCUCCUAUGACCGUCAAGGAGUCCAAGUAUGCUGCUUCUAUCUCCAAGAAGCCAAUGAAGGGUAUGCUCACUGGCCCCAUCACCUGUCUCCGAUGGUCCUUCCCCCGUGACGAUGUCCACCAAUCCAUCCAGGCCCAACAGCUCGCCCUUGCUCUCCGUGACGAGGUUAUCGACCUCGAGGCUGCUGGUAUCUUUGUCAUCCAAGUCGACGAGCCUGCUCUCCGUGAGGGUCUCCCUCUCCGUUCUGGAGCUGCCCGCGACGCCUACCUCAAGUGGGCUGUCGACUCUUUCCGCCUCGCCACCUCUGGCGUUGCUGAUGGCACCCAGAUUCAUUCCCACUUCUGCUACUCUGAGUUCCAAGACUUCUUCCAUGCCAUCGCUGCCCUCGACGCUGAUGUCCUCAGUAUCGAGAACAGCAAAAGUGACGCUAAGCUUCUCAAGGUCUUCGUCGACGAGACUUACCCCCGUCACAUCGGCCCAGGUGUCUAUGACAUCCACUCUCCUCGUGUCCCCAGCGAGGAGGAGAUCAGAGCCCGCAUCGAAGAGAUGCUUCAGUACCUCCAACCAGAGCAGCUCUGGAUUGACCCUGACUGUGGCUUGAAGACUCGCAAAUGGCCCGAGACCAAGGCCGCCCUUAUCAACAUGGUCAAUGCUGCCAAGUUCUUCCGCCAAAAGUACUCCAAGUAG